AAAUACUAUAUUGUCCCACAAUUAAUUAAAUUAAAAAAAAAAAAAAUUUCGUAUAAAUACCGAGGAAAGUUUAAACAAAUUUCAGUAAUGUAGAUAUAAGUAUAUUUUUGUCUAAUUGUUGUAUGCAAUAUAUUAUCGUUAAGAUAUUUUAACUGAGAAACACGAAAUUAUUUUCGCGUCGUAGCGUCGCGUUUUCGAGUCAUCCGCGAGAAUUAUUUCCGUCGCGAUGGCACGACGUUCGAUUUCGCAUUACAUACAUAUGUCGAUUGGCUUUAUUGUGACAUUAUUCUCCGAAUACACAAGAAAGCGAGAGUUUUUGUUUUGAUUCCGACCGGCCGGCCGGCCGGCCGUGAUAUUAUUCUCCGAAUACACAAAAUAGCUAUAUUUUUGUUUUGAUUCCAGCCGGCCGGCCGGCUGGUCGGCCGAUUCGAGUCCGCAAUGUUUACAAUGACUCGCGCGUAGCUUCGCUCCGUGAGUGUAACCUUGGCGGCGUGGAAUGAGGUGGGAGGGGGGAAGGGGGGCGCGCUGAGCGCCGAGCAGCAUCAUACACGCGUAUACACCGAGCGCGAUCGGAGCAUUCGGAGCGAUCUCCGUUUCAUUACGUCGCGGUCGUCGCGUGCUUUUCGGCCGACCGGCAAGUCUGACGAGUCUCGCGACGAGUUCUUCGCGACACGAUCGAUCGACGUGGAGGAUAGCACACGCCGUGUGCGCGUUUUUUUUAUUAAAACCGCGUUUGCCGAUUCGUCACGGAUCGACGGCGGACGGCGCGAGCAGCGCGCCGCGGUGUGAAGUUGUCGUCGCGUCGUUCGGCCCUUCUAACGAACUUCAUAACUCUCGGAAGUUUCAGCGAGCGACGCCGGGUAAGGUGGAUGGACACGGGCGAUCUCCCGUCUUCCGUUAUUUAUCCGUUCUCGAAGUGCCACCGCGCGUUCGUCGUGUCGAGGUCGCAGAUCAAACGGUGCACCGGAGUGGAUCGGAGUGACCGAAUUGCGCGAGUGACGGUCGAUUGAGCCGCCGCGGGGCGGCUAAUCAGCCGGUGAUCGAUAUCGUUUUCCGAUAUUCGGUGACGGCGCUUACUUAAUGGCGGGCCGGUCGUUAUCGCGUUAAUUGGCGGACGAUCGACGCGGCACGGUGAUCGCAGUUCUCGUGCCGGCCCGGUCCGCGUGUGCCCCCCCUCGACGACGAGGGAAUGGAGGAGCCGAUGGACGAGAGGAAGACGGCGGUGUCGACGAAAGGGCGAAGGAGCAGCUGCGUUACCUGCGUACUGCGGCCGAAGCCAAAGUAUUGCUGAAGAGUCGCAUUAACGAUAUAUAGAGGCCAUAGAGAGGAGCCGUGCUGGCCGAGUGAAAGAGAGGUGUUCGCGGCCGAGCCUAGAGGAAGUCGUCUCGCGAACGGGGGAAAAGGGAGAAGCCGUAAGCAGGAUGGGCGAGAGACGCGGUACGAAGGCGCUGGAGCUCUGGUGCCGUCGGAUAACCGACGGUUAUCCGGGUGUAAACGUGCAAAACAUGACCACCUCCUGGAGAGACGGGCUCGCCUUCUGCGCCAUGAUUCAUCACUUUCGGCCGGACCUCAUCGACUUCAACAGCCUGAACAAGGACGAUGUGUACAGGAACAACGAGCUGGCGUUCCGAACGGCCGAGCAGCAUCUCGGGAUCCCCGCGCUCCUGGACGCCGAGGACAUGGCGUCCUGCACGGUGCCCGAUCGAUUGUCCAUCCUCACCUACCUCUCGCAAUUCUACCAAACUUUCGGAGGAUCUUCACCGAGCCGUCUGGCGACGAACAGAACGACCGAGACCGCCGACGAGAGGAUCGCCCCCGUUCCAGAAUCUCCUAAACAAAAGGUGGGGUCGCGUCUGGGGAUGCGGAGGGAUCCGUGCGCCGCAUGCGGGCUGCCGGUCUUCCUGGCGGAGAAGCUGCUGAUAGCGCGCGUUCCUUAUCACCGUACCUGCUUCCGGUGCGCCCGCUGCAGCAACCAGCUGACGCCGGGCAAUUAUUACGAGACCGAGGAGGGCCAGUACUGCUGCGAGACGUGUCCGGACGAGGAGGAGAUCGACAGCGUGCGUCACAAUUACGCCGAGCCGGCCAUGUCCGGCGCGGAAAGGGAGACGAGUGAGCCGAGGCCGCUCAGCGACGAGGAGAAGACGGAGAUGAAGGGUGUAUUGGAGAACGCUGCUGUACCCGAUUUGAUCUCCCAUACGUCGCAGAUGCGCAAGAAUUUCAUGACCAGCCACCUUCUUUCCGAGAAGCACGAGUCUACCGCGAAGGAUGCGUUCGCGAGCACGAGAGACGACUCGGGUCAUCGUGAGGAAAUAAAAAGCAGGGUCGGCUCGGCAUUCCCAGACGACGACGAGAACGAGGAGGAAGAGGAGAAUGAUUAUGAUGAUGAUGAUGAUGAUGAUGAAGAGGAGGAGGAGGAGGAGGAGGAAGAGGAAUUCCGCGGCUCCAUGAUGGAUUCCCCGGAUGUGGAGGAGUCCAACGUUGAGCGAUACGAUGUACAUAGCGCGUUAAAUAGCUUAGACAUUAGGAGCGACAAGGAUCAGCGAUCGACUGCCAUUUCAUUCCAUGACAUAGGUAAGAGGAGAAGAGAGGAGGAGGAUACCAAAGAGUCGCCAGGACGCGCCGGUGAACGAGCCGAGACGAGACAGUCGUUGGUGCAGAAGAGGCUCCAAAUGUUUGAGGGUCGCGAUAAAACGGAUCACGUCGACAGGACGGAUCAGAGUAAGAAGAAAAAUCCCGUGGCUCAUGAUGUCACGAUGGUUCAGGGCGACUCCUGGCACCUGUCACCGGACGUUCUUCCGGCGAGCGACGAGGAAGAACGUCCGGAAAAGAGGCUCGAGGAAGACUCGAUAAUUAAAAAUACUGAUAAACGUAAAGACAGCUUCGAGAAUAUCGGCGAACAGCAGGAUGAAGACUCGAAGGUUACAAAUAACGAGGAGAACCACUCGAAGAAUCUUGUAGGGGCGAGUAACGAAGGGCGCCUCGAUAAGGAUAAGCAGCUCGAGAACAGCUCGAAAGUCAGAAGUAUUGAAAGGCGAAAGGAGAGCUUCGCGAAGAUCGCGAAGAACGAACGGAUCGAAGGCAGUGAGAUUGAUGGCAAGCAUUACGAUAGUGCCAUGAUGGGAAGCAGCGUGCUGACCGCGAAAGGCAUCAAUUUAAGUGACAACGGGGAUUAUCCGGAAGACCUGAAUCCCUUCAAGAGCGACGAGGAGGAUAACGCCGUGGAGGGUAGACCGCGGACUGUGAUAAACAACUCUAGAAACAACAAAGCGUCGACUAAUCCAUUCGACAGCGAGGACGAGGACGUCGAGGAGCAGCCGGAACCGCCGAGACCGGCGGCGAGAAGUAAACCGGAGAACGGGGGAGCGUCGGUGACGAAGCGGGUCCUGGCCGCGCCGCAAAUCAAUCUUAAUCCAUUCUGGAGCGACGAGGACGAGGAGCACGGCAGCGACGAGGACAGAACGUCGCCUGAAAGUGCGCCCGUACCAAAACCGCGUACUAUCAAGACCGCUCCCGAGGUAGGUGUCGCACCGCGGAGAGUCGAUUUAGAUCGUGGAGGCGUGUACGCGUCCAACAGUUCCUUAACCAGCUCCGAGUCAACCAGUACACCCGGUGGGACGUACAGGAAGAAGAAGCCUGCGCCGCAGCCACCGGUCGCGAAGGAACUGUUCCCGUCUGAUCAGCGCGAAUCGCCUGCGCUCAAAUCGCACAACAGCACGUUACCCUCGUAUCACGAGUCGUCGCUUCAUACAACGCCACGGGCGCGAAAAGCCAAGCCGGCUCCUCCACCGCCAAUGCCAACCAGCACGCCUCGCAACGUAUCGAUCGGGUUGAGUUUUGAUGAGUCCCCCAUAGUCAAGAUUCGCGGCGACGAUCGCAACUUGAACAUGUGGGAAGAUCAGAAGACAAACAAGGACGAGACGAAUCGAAACAGGCAAAGUUUGAGCAGCGUCUCGUGCGGAACCGACAGCUCCUCCUACACGUCUUACGCCGACAAGAGUGUGCAAGGAAAGUGGAAGAGGAAAAAGGGUCCCGCCCCACCGCGACCGAUUCCGCAUAGGAGAAAGAUUAAAGUGAUAUCUAUGAAAGACGUGAAGUUAGAAUUAGACGAAAUAGAAUUGCAGCAGCAAGGCUUAGAAAGACAGGGUGUGCGGUUGGAACAGUUGAUACGAGAUAAAUGCGAGUCUGGGCCUAGAUCAGACGAUUCGUCGCUCGGUACGGAUGUGGAGGAACUGGUCUUAGAGUUGUUCGCAUUAGUGAACGAAAAAAAUGAACUGUUCAGGAGACAGGCCGAAUUGAUGUUACUACGGAGGCAACAAAGAUUAGAGGAGGAGCACGUCGAGGUGGAAUAUCAAAUACGAUGUCUCAUGUGCCAACCAGAAGCUACUAAAACGGACUCCGACAAACACAGGGAAGAAGCAUUGAUACAAAGGUUAGUGGAAAUUGUAGAGAGGAGAAACGAAAUUGUCGAAUGCUUGGAGAUGGAUCGUCGAAGAGAGGUGGAAGAGGAUAAGAGCAUAAAUAAGCAUAUGGGUUUAUUCGCUGCGAGGAACAAGAAUGAGCUGUCGGGUAAGGGCAACGAUCCCUCUAACGCGGGGAAAACGAAGAAGGGAAAAGCGAAGGAGAAGGUAAAGGAAAAGAAGGUGAAAAAGGCCACGAAAAAGGAUGCCGACAAGGAUGUGGAUGAGACUGAGGUGAAGCUCAAACGCCAUGGCAAAAGAAAAUGGUUUUGAGUUGCGAUAGUGUUAAUUACGGUUAAUGAUUACGCUAGAUAUAGAAGAUAUUGCAUAUUUAAUACUUUUAUAUAUAUUUUUAACACCUCGUUAUUUAUGUAUGUAGGAAGUUAUGCUAAGGUUAUUAAUAAAAUCACCCGUUUAAUUGCAUCCA